AUGGCCCUCUUGAGAACAUCAGCAGGAGUGGAGCUCCAGGAGGACACGAAGCCCCCACACAUUAAAGAAGAAGAGGAGGAACUCCGGAUCAGUCAGGAUGAAGAGCAGCUUCAAGGGCUGGAGGAGGCUGAUAUCACCAAGUUCACAUUCACUCUGGUCCCUGUGAAGAAUGUCCAGAAAGUGUUUAUUGGUGAAGAACAUCAGCAGGAGUGGAGCUCCUGUCUGGACCAGGAGGACACGAAGCCCCCACACAUUAAAGAGGAACAGGAGGAACUCCAGAUCAGUCAGGAUGAAGAGCAGCUUCAAGGGCUGGAGGAGGCUGAUAUCACCAAGUUCACAUUCACUCUGGUCCCUGUGAAGAGUGAAGAUGAUGAAGAGAAACCUGAGUUCUCACAGCUUCAUCAAAGACAAACUGAAGAGAUAAAAACAGAAGCUGAUGGAGAGGACAGUGGAGGACCAGAACCAGCCAUGAAAGCAGAUCCAGAUACACAUUUACAACCAGAUACUGAUGACGAGACUGGAGACUCUUCUGAACCUGAGACUGAUGACAGUGCUGAUUGGAAAGAUACCAGAGAAUCUCAGUCAGGUUUAAACUCUAUUAAUAAUGAAAUAUUCCCUGUUAGUGAUUCAAGAUGUACUACUGAUGAGAAAGCAUUUAGCUGCUCUGAGUGUGGGAAAAGAUUUGGCACCAAUGCACUUCUGAAGAGACACACGAGAUCUCAUACAGGAGAGAAAGCAUUUAGCUGCUCUGAGUGUGGGAAAGGAUUUGGCACCAAUGUACUUCUGAAGAGACACGUGAGAAUUCAUACAGGAGAGAAACCAUUUAGCUGCUCAGUCUGUAAGAAAGCUUUUACAGAAAGUGGAACUUUACAUACACACAUGAGAAUCCACAAAGGAGAGAAACCAUUUAGCUGCUCAGUCUGUAAGAAAGAUUUUGUACAGAGUGGAACCUUAUAUACACACAUGAGAAUCCACACAGGAGAGACACCAUUUAUCUGCUCAGUCUGUAAGAAAGGUUUUGCAAUGAGUGGAAGUUUAAAGAGACACAUGAGAAUCCACACCGGAGAGAAACCAUUUAGCUGCUCAGUCUGUAAGAAAGAUUUUACAGAGAGUGGACAUUUACAGACACACAUGAGAAUCCACACAGGAGAGAAACCAUUUAGCUGCUCAGUCUGUAAGAAAGACUUUGCAAUAAGUGGAAGUUUAAAGAGACACAUGAGAAUCCACUCAGGAGAGAAACCAUUUAGCUGCUCAGUCUGUAAGAAAGAUUUUACAAUAAGUGGACAUUUACAGAGACACAUGAGAAUCCACACAUGAGAGAAACCAUUUAGC